GGAGGCGAUGACGAGCUUUUUGGCCCGCUGGCUUAUAAGCGCCAAAUUCAAUUUUGUUGGGCGAAGCAGGGUUUGAGUUGAAAAGAAAAAACACAUUAAACAAUAGUUUCGGGGAAAUAGUUCGAUAACUUGUUCGAUUCGAUGGUGGGAAAGAGUACCGGAUAAGUUCCCUGUUUGCUGCACCGUAGAGAGGCUUCGGUUUAAAGGAAAUAAUGGAUAUCGCCUCGUAUUUACAGUCUUUUGAGAGCAAAUUGGGUUCUUACGUGGGAGAUGAUCCUCUUGAUCCAUGGAUUAAGUUUGUGGACUUCCUGGAGCAAAGGCUGCCUGCAGGCGACAGCAGUGAGAUGUGUUUGGUGUUUGACAGUCUGGUCCAGAGAUUUCUCAACAACAAGCAAUAUUCAAAUGAUAUUAGAUACGUCAACUAUUGCAUCAAAUGUGCGAGUUAUUAUCGGGAUCCCAUCACGUUCUACAGUCACAUUUUCAGUAAAGGCAUCGGCACCAGAACUGCUGCGCUUUACGUUGCCUGGGCUCGGCAGUUUGAACAGAGAGGCCUGAAUGAACAGGCUGAUGCCGUCUACCGGAAAGCUCUGGAGAACCAAGCCCAGCCAGCCAGCUCGGUUUACCAUGAAUACAGUCUGUUCAAUUCAAGAACCGCAGCUCAGCCUCCACCGACAGGCAUUCAAAACCCUCUGCAGAAUCGAACCAAUCAGAUGUCCUCUCACAAAGAGCCCGUAGAGCCAAACAAGAUGACGUCGGAUUGUCCACUCAACCCUCCUUCACAUAGAAUGACUAUAAUAGUGUCCCGUUCGGAGACUUCCGGGAGCGUCCCGUCCAGCCAGAGCUCCGGCGUUCAGACUGUGUCGGAGUACAUCAAAGACGAGCUGGUUUGUGACGGCUCUGAGCUGAGCUUCGAGGAGGUCCGAGCCAAGAAAUACUUCUGGAAGCUCAAAGAGAAGAAGAGGGAGGAGGAGAACAAACUCAUGGAGAGGCAGCUGAAGGAGCAGGAGGAGAGAAUCCGGAUGAUGAAGCUGUGCUUAGAGGAGGUUGAAGAUAUGGAAGCCUGUGGAGGCCUCACCGACCAGCUCUUCUGGAGCACUCCUCUACCAGAUGCAGGAUGGGGGUCCACCGGCCCAGAUGGGGUCGCAGAGACCUCCGUGGCUCCACUGCAGACCAGCUCGAAGCAGAGCGGCCUGCCAUCCUCCCUCUGUGCUGCAGAUGCAGACACACCUGUCCAGCCCAGCUGCUCUCAUACCUGUGGAGCCAGCGAGCACAGCGCCACACACUGUGACGGAGGUCAUCCAGCAAAGUCUGAGGAGAACCUUGAUGUGUCGCAGGGAGGAGUGGCUAACCUCUCUCACACCACUCCCAAUACUUCACUGGGGUUUGUGCAGGCCACGCCCUCCAGAGGACUGCCGUCACCCACCGUCAACACCCGCGAGGCGCUGGGCGUCAUCAUGGGCAUGUUUCAGGCCCCCACUCUCUUAGAAGAAUCGGUCAGUGAGUCGUCACACCUGAAUGUUACCGAGAGGGACCUCGAAGGCGGAGCGAGCGGAGGCGGGUCAUUGUGGUCCAAACCACCAGAGGGCGCUCCUUUCACCAUCUUUCAGGAUCAGGAGGAGGACAAAGAAAACUUCCAUCUUGCAGAAGUGUCUGCUAACAGGAAAGCUGGCAGACGUUUGGCUGAAGUCGCUGCACCGAAGGCCGACAAGCCCAACGACACCUCCCAGUACCUGAUGUCUGACGAGAGCACCGUGUGGGGCGCUCGCUUCAACCCGCUCAACUCGCUGGCCGCCUGUCCCAACAACACCUCCGACUUUGCCCUGUUGGCUCACUGCGUCUCCACGCCCUUCACGCACAAACCUCUCAGCAGCUUUUCGGAGGAGCAAGAGAACAUCUGCAAUGAGGACGACGCCUCCAUCAGGCGCCAAACCAAAAGACUCAGCCCCAUCAUAGAGCAGAGUCCCGACGAGGACAAAGCUUCAGAGAGCGCCGUCAGCCUGCUGGACCCCUCCUGUGCCAGACAGGGCACCAUCGUGAGCGCCGGCCUCACCUCCAUCACCGUGGUGCAGCCGCCUCCCCCCGCCGCACUGUCCUUCAGAGACCAGACGCUGGCCCCCACCGACUCCUCCAGGAGGAGCGGGCGAGGCUGGGAGGUGCACACCAGUCCUGAGCAGCCUCCCAAAGCCGCCUGCUCGGGUUCAGUCAGACCAAAAACCAGACCGUUUAAGAUCCUGGAGGACGCCUCUUCCAGCUCGGAUCUGAAUCCGGUCUGUGGCGUUCCUAUGAGUCCGGAGUGCGCUCUCCAACCGGGCCGGUUCAGCACCAGGAGCCCGGAAGUCCCCACAGAGCCAGAUUUAGAUGCUUUCCUCAGCCCCCCUCGCCCAGCCGCCCCCACCAGAAUCGCUGAUGUUCCCAUGAGUCCGGAGCUGCCGCCGCUCUGUGCCGACGUGCCCAUGAGCCCGCCGCAGCAGUCGCUGGUGUGCGCGGCAGACGAGCCCAUGAAGAGUCCAGAGCGAGAGCUGCGUGCUGAUGUCGGCGUGCACGUGGUGCCCGACCCCUGGGACGAUCAGCUGAUCGCUCGUCUGCUGUCCAGCCUCAGCCCGCCGCUCACGUCCCACCAGCGCUGCUUCACCUGGAGCUGCAGCGUGCCCAACAUCUGCCCCAAGGUGACCAUCAGCAUGGGGAAGACGUCCCUCCGAGUCGACUGUGUUCUCGGCGAGGGCGCCUUCGCCACAGUCUACCAGGCGACCGACCUCACCACCUCCGAGAAGUUUGUCUUAAAGGUUCAGAAGCCGGCCAAUCCCUGGGAGUUUUACAUCAACACUCAGCUGGACGCCCGGCUGCAGCCCAGCCUGCGGCAGCUCUACAGCAACAUCAGCUCCGCCCACCUGUUCCUGAACGGCAGCGUCCUGCUGGGGGAGUUCUACAGCUGUGGCACGCUUCUGAACGCGGUGAACAUCUACAAAAGCCUGGGGGAGAAGGUGAUGCCGCAGCCUCUGGUCCUCUACUUCACCGCCUGCAUCCUGCACAUGGUGGAGCAGCUGCACCGCAUCCACCUGCUGCACGCCGACAUCAAACCCGACAACUUCAUGCUGGGAGGACGCUUCCUGGAGAACAAGUGCUUCGAUCCGGAGAGCGGCGACCACGGCGUCGUCCUCAUCGACCUCGGGCAGAGCAUCGACAUGGAGCUCUUCCCAGAAGGGACGGCGUUCACCGCCAAGUGUUUGACGUCAGGGUUUCAGUGCACGGAGAUGCAGAGCGGGAAGCCGUGGAGCUACCAGACUGACUAUUAUGGGAUAGCGGGGACCGUCCACUGCAUGCUGUUUGGAAACUACAUGGAGGUCACCAAUGAAAAUGGAGUUUGGAAAACUAACGGCGUUUUCCGGAGGAAGCCUCACAGCGACUUGUGGCUGGACUUCUUCCACACGCUGCUCAACGUGCCGGGGUACCGCUCGCCGCCGAGCCUGACACGCCUCCGCCGCCAGCUGACAGCCGUCCUGCAGGAGAACUACGGCAACAAGCUGCAGGCGCUGAAGAACCAGCUGGUGAUCCAGCUGCUGGAGAGACGCAGAUCCUCCAACAGAUGAGGAGUUUCUGACCCAGCUGUAUGUACACCUGUAUAUAGCUUGAUUUUUUUAACCGACUUUUAGGAGUAAAAAAUAAAACGAAAGCUUUUUUGAAGUGAGGAAUGA